ACGUGUCAGCACUCAACAUGGUCCGCGCACUCUUCACCGUCAUGGUCAUGGCCCUCGUGGUCGCCUUCGCCGCCGCCGGUCACUUCGGCGGAGGUGGAUUUGGCGGCGGAAAAUUCGGUGGAUUCAGCGGUGGAGGAUUCGGUGGAUUUGGAGGUGGACACAGAGGCUUCGGCGGAGGUUUCGGAGGUGGACACGGAGGGUUCGGAGGUGGACACGGAGGGUUCGGAGGCGGAUUUGGAGGAUUCGGAGGUGGAUUUGGAGGAUUCGGAGGUGGAUUUGGAGGAUAUGGCAGGUAAUCAAGGACCCGUGCACCGAUUUUAAUUUUUUUUUAUAUUCGAUAAUAAAAUUGCUAUUAAAAAUAUAUCUUUUACUCAUUAAAUACUUGUCCCUGCAACAUUUACAAAACUAAACUUUAAUUUCCUCGCGGAAGGAAUAAAUUAAUUGUUAUCCUCAAUUGCUACCAAUCGUAUCUUAUUUAGUAGUUCUAUAUCCAUAAAAUCAUGCACGAUUUAUAGCUACGAUCCUUUGUGAUUAUCCUCAUCAGCUGUAAACCAUCAAUAAAGAUUCGAACGGUGUGAUCGUCUACCCGACAGUGCCGGCAAAAAAAAA